UUUAUUUCUUCUGAUAUAUAUAUAUUCCGUGAAAUAGUCGUUAAGAAGACGUGUACUUUUCCUAAAAUCCAUGGAUAACAAAUCUGCCGUGUCCGCCCUACAGGAAUUCUGCGCCAAGUCGAAGAAUAUUCCACCAACGUAUGAUUUCAUAGACGGCGAGGACGGAGGAUACGUUUGUAAAGUGGUUCUGAUGGAGAUCGAGGCCUAUGGAAAUGGUCGCUCCAAGCGGGAUGCCAAGCACCUGGCUGCUGCCAAUAUUCUGCGAAAGAUCCGGAAGCUUCCCGGCGUGGGCAACCUGCUGGACGAGUGCGAAACCAAAUCGGUGGGGGACCUGUGUGAGGAGCUGACCAACCUCAAUCGGGACAUGCUGAAGGAGCUGCGUGACUACUGCGUCCGCCACGAGAUGCCACUGCCCACCAUCGAGAUCGUGCAGCAGAGCGGCACACCCAAUGCCCCAGAGUUCGUGGCUUGCUGCACUGUGGCGUCCAUAGUUCGGUAUGGAAAGUCGGAUAAAAAGAAGGAUGCCCGCCAGCGAGCGGCCAUCGAAAUGCUGGCCGUGAUCUCCAACGAGGCGGAUAAUAUGCGUCCGGAAAAAAUGCAGGUUGUGAGCACCAAGCCAACGGAGGCUCUCGAUGUUGACGAGACUCUGGAGGAUUUGGAGAUGGAGCGCAGGAAGAAAUUCAACACCUAUAGGGAGCUCACAGAUGCCGGGAGCGUUGACAAUACGGGCCUGCGCCUCUGUGAUCGCCACAACUACUUCAAGAACUUCUAUCCCGCCCUUAAGAAGGCUGCCUUUGAGGUCAUCCGUUCAGAUGAGUACGCCAGUUCCAAGGAUAAGGCUUUAAGCGUGAUGAGCGCCUUGAAGAUCACACCCUCAAUCAGUACCGUGGAGUCAUCAUCGAUGGAACCCCUGUUGUGUAUCCAGUUGAAUUGCGACUUUGAUGUGGUCUUUGUAGCUCUUGAAAGUAAGAUCUUCGAGGAGAUAAUAGAAUAUUUCGGAGUGAUGUUGAUCUAAUACUUAUAAUUUCCAAUAUAUUUUUGUGGUAUAUAUAACAUUUAUUUUUAACUAGGUCGGCUUACAAAUAAGUAAACUGUCUCGUAUUUACACUCUAAACAAGUUCAGAUAAUGCACAUAAUUGUUUUUUUUUACUUAAGUUCUAUUCGGUUAAUACAAUCUCCCACCAAUGCUGUGGGGCUAAAACAUGAAAAAGUGAUUCAUUGAAGAUCUUUGCUCAACGUCUAUGUUAACUUUGUACAAUAAUGAUAAGGCAAAACAGAUUCAAGCUAGUCGCAAAAAAAAAAAUGAGACGGGGUAUAAAGUAGCAAAUGUUAAAAUGGCACUUCCAAUAAACAUACUUUCGAGAUGGGGACUUCCCCGUAAUUUAGAGAUGGUAAAACCAGGAGUCGACGCUGCGCUGACUUUUAAUACCAAUGCUAAUCAAAUUUGAUGAAUUUAUUCGAUUUAUUUGGUCCUAAGAGUAGUCAACAGAAAAUAAGGUUAGCAAGAACCCAAAUUAACUGGUUUUUAAAAUGGAACAUAUGUAAAAUUAAUUUUUUCACAAUAUUUGCCAUUACUGUAUGCCCGGACUAUGAAGUAAUUGUAUCCCUAAUAAAUAAAUGCCUAUUACAGCUGUAUCAAUUAUAAAUUGAUAUCAUGA